AUGACCAGAAGGAGGAUGUACUGGGUCCCCAGGUCUUCUGGUGGCCUUGUGAAUCUCGGCUUGGAUGUAGAUGAUGACAUGGUUUCGGGACUUAGCUAUAAAACAAUAACUGUUGAAGAUGGCCCCUGGAGACAGCAGGUGAGGGAAUGCGAGGCACCAGAGAGAGGGAAGUAUGAUGCUGCCUGGAAAACCAUGAUUCCCUUCCGACCGAAGCCAAAGUCUCCUGAGCCCCAGCCCCUGGAUGAUGCUGGCCUGCUCUCCUACCUCAUGCUGUCAUGGCUCAGCCCGCUCAUGUUUCGAGGUUUACGGAGAUGCUUAGAUGAGAACAACAUCCCCCCGCUGUCAGUACACGAUGCUGCCGACAAAAAUGCCAAAAGGCUUCGUCGUCUUUGGGAAGAAGAAGUCUCAAAGCAUGGAAUUGACAAAGCGUCAGUGCUUCGAGUGAUGCUGCGAUUCCAAAGAACAAGGCUUAUUUUUGAUACAAUUAUGAGCUGCUGCUUCUCCAUCGCAAGUGUUGUGGGGCCCAUGUUUGUUGUACCAAAGAUCCUGGAAUAUGCCGAAAACCCAUCCGGGGACGUUGCCUAUGGAGUUGGGCUUUGCCUUGCCCUUUUUUUCACGGAAUGUCUGAAGUCUCUGAGCAUGUGCUCAUGCUGGGUCAUCAACCAGCGCACAGGAGUCAGGUUUCGUGCAGCUGUCUUCUCCUUUGCCUUUGAGAAGCUGAUGCAAUUUAAGUCUCUAACACACAUCACCGUGGGAGAGGCCAUUAGCUUCUUCACCAGCGACGUAAACUACCUGUUCGAGGGAGUGUACUACGGGCCCCUGGCCAUGCUCACCGGCUCACUGUUCACAGUCUGCACCAUUGCUUCUUGCUUCAUUCUCGGGCCCACAGCGCUCAUGGCCACGCUGUGCUAUCUUCUGUUUUUGCUGCUGCAGGUAUUCCUGACCAGAAAGAUUGUGGUGUCACAGAAUCAUACAUCAGAGGUCAGUGACCAGCGCAUCCGUGUGACCAGUGAAGUUCUCACCAGCAUUAAGCUGAUUAAAAUGUACGCCUGGGAGAAGCCAUUUACAAAAGUCAUUAAAGAUCUCAGAAAAAAGGAAACAAAGCUCUUGGAGAAGUGUGGGUUUAUCCAGAACCUGACCACAGUCAUCAUGUUCCUAGCCCCCUCCUUAUCUGUAGUAUUGCUGUUCCUCACCCACACAGGCUUACGACUGAAACUCACAGCUUCAGUAGCCUUCACCACCGUGGCCACCUUGAGUCCCAUGCGGCUGUUGGUGUUCUUAACACCCUUCGCAGUCAAAGGCCUCACAAACUCCGUGUCUGCCGCGGACAGGUUCAAGAAAUUCUUCCUCCAAGAGAGCCCUGUCAUAUAUGUUAAGGCAUUGGAAGACCCCAGCAAACCAGUGGUUUUAGAGGAGGCCACAUUGUCAUGGAGAAAGACUUGCCCUGGGAUCAUCAAUGAAGCCUUGGAGGUGGAGAAGAACAGAUACACUCCUGAGGGGAUGACCAGAGCUCAGCCACCCCUGGGUGGCCUUGAGCCAGAGGACCAAGGGGACACCCGGGGCCCAGAGUUGCACAAGAUAAACCUGGCGGUGUCAAAGGGUACCAUGCUAGGGGUCUGUGGCAACACGGGGAGUGGCAAGAGCAGCCUGCUGUCAGCCAUCCUGGGGCAGAUGCACUUGCUGGAGGGUUCAGUGGGGGUGCAUGGAAGCCUGGCCUAUGUCCCCCAGCAGGCCUGGAUCAUCAACGGGAGUGUCCGGGAGAACAUCCUCAUGGGAAGCCAAUACGACAAGGCCUGGUAUCUCCAGGUGCUCCACUGCUGCUCCCUGCACCACGACCUGGAGAUUCUGCCCUUCGGAGACAUGACGGAGGUUGGGGAGCGGGGCCUCAACCUCUCAGGGGGGCAGAAGCAGAGGAUCAGCCUGGCCCGGGCCGUCUACUCUGACCGUGAGCUCUACCUGCUGGAUGACCCACUCUCGGCCUUGGACGCCCAUGUGGGGAAGUAUAUCUUUGAGGAGUGCUUUAAGAAGGUGCUCAGAAGGAAGACCAUCAUCCUGGUGACCCAUCAUCUGCAGUAUUUAGAGUUUUGUGACCAGAUCAUUUUAUUUGAAGAUGGGAAAAUCUGUGAAAAAGGAAUUCACAGUGAGCUCAUGCGGAAAAGGGGACGAUACGCCCAGCUCAUCCAGAAGAUGCACGGGAAAGCCACACAGGGUGUGUUGCAGGGAGUGGCAAAGACAGAAGAGGACCUGCAGCUGGAAGCUCAGGCCCAGACCAUGUGCCAGGAAGAACUUCUCAAUGAAACUGCUGUGCUGGAAAAUCAGCUCGCAGAGAAGGAGAAGAUGGAAGAAGGGUCCUUGAAGUGGAGAGUCUAUCACCACUACAUCCAGGCAGGCGGAGGUUACCUGAUCUGCGGCAUGGUUUUCCUUCUCAUGGUGAUUGUAGUCUUCUUGCUGGUGUUCAACUUCUGGUGGCUGAGCUACUGGCUGGAGCAGGGCUCAGGGAAAAAUAGCAGUCAAGAGAGCAACCGGACCAUUGCAGACCCCGGUGACAUACUGGACAAUCCUCAGCUGCCCUUUUACCAGCUGGUGUUUGGCCUCAGCAGCCUGUUUGCAGUCUUCCUGGGCAUCUUGCUCUCAGUGGUUUUCACCAAGGUGAUGGGGAAGGCAUCCACAGCAUUGCACAACAAGCUCUUCAGCAAGGUGUCCCACUGCCCUAUGAGCUUCUUUGACACAACCCCAACUGGCCGGCUCCUGAACUGCUUUGCAGGGGACAUGGAUGAACUGGAUCAGUUCUUGCCCAUCGUGGCUGAACAGUCUAUGCUCCUGUCUUUGUUGGUGAUCAUCAUCCUCUUGGUAAUCAGUUUCCUAUCUCCCUAUAUCCUGCUGAUGGGAGUCAUCAUCCUCUCUGCUUGCCUUGUUUAUUUUAGGAUGUUCAAGAGGGCCAUCAGUGUGUUCAAGAGACUGAAGAACUACAGCUGCUCCCCUUUGUUUUCACACAUCCUCACCACCCUGCAGGGCCUGAGCUCCAUCCAUGUCUAUGGAAAAACUGAAGAAUUCAUCAAUGAGUUUAAGAAGCUGGCAGAUGUGCAGAAUAACUACCUGCUGAUGUUCAUGUCUUCCAUGCGAUGGGUGGCCUUGAGGCUGGAGCUCAUGACCAACUUGGUGACCUUGGUGGUAGCCCUGUUUUUGGUUUUCGGCCUUUCCUCUGCCCCCUAUUCCUAUAAAGCCAUGGCUCUCAGCCUCGUCCUCCAGCUGGCGUCCAACUUCCAGGCCAGUGCCCGGAUUAGUUCAGAGACAGAGGGGUACUUGACAGCUGCGGAGAGGAUUCUGCAGUACAUGAAGAUGUGUGUCCCUGAGGCUCCUUUACACAUAGAAGGCGCGAACUGUCCUCAUGGGUGGCCACAGCAUGGGGAAAUCACGUUCCAGGAUUACCAGAUGAAAUACAGAGACAACACACCUAUCAUCCUCCAGGGCCUCAGCCUGACGAUUCACAGCCAGGAAGUGGUGGGCAUCGUGGGAAGGACGGGCUCUGGGAAGUCCUCCUUGGGGGUGGCUCUUUUCCGCCUGGUGGAACCAGCCGGUGGCUGCAUCCUCAUCGACGGCGUGGACAUCUGUAGCCUUGGCCUGGAGGACCUGCGGUCCAAGUUCUCGGUUAUCCCUCAAGAUCCAGUCCUGCUGUCAGGGACCAUCAGAUUCAACCUGGACCCCUUUGACUGCUGCACGGACGAGCAGAUCUGGGAUGCCUUGGAGAGGACGUUCCUGAACAAGACGAUCUCAAAGUUGCCACAAGGCCUGCAAGCAGAAGUUGUGGAAAACGGCUCAAACUUCUCCGUGGGGGAGCGGCAGCUGCUCUGCGUUGCCCGGGCCCUCCUCCGCAGCUCCAAGAUCAUCCUUAUUGAUGAGGCCACGGCCUCCCUUGACUUGGAGACAGACAUCCUCAUCCAACACACAAUCCGUGAAAGUUUCCAGGGCUGCACAGUGCUGAUCAUCGCACACCGCAUCACCACCGUCCUCAACUGUGACCGCAUCCUGGUCAUGGGCAAUGGGAAGGUGAUGGAGUUUGACAAGCCUGAGGUCCUGCAGAAGAAGCCAGGGUCCAUGUUCGCAGCCCUGCUGGCAACAGCCAGUAGUUCGAUGAGCUGA